AUGGUGCCUCCACCAGGAUAUGUCUUCCGAGACGGUGGCCCAGUGCCAGAUUGUGAUCUCAAAGAUCCCCAAAAUCAGACUGUCGGACAGCAGAUGAAUAUGGAGCAAGUCACUCGCACAUCCACGAGCAACAGCUCCAACAACAUAGAUACGCCCUCCUCCAGCGCAGGCGGCUCAAGCUCAUCUGCUGAAGUUGCUACUGAGAGUCAUGCUCUUGCGAACGCAGACCAUGAGGAGAAGGGUGCUGUGCAGCAAAACCAGCAAGAUGGUGAGGUUCGUGACAUGGGCUGGAGCGACCCCAAGUCCCAGGUGCCAACAACGCUGGUCGGUGGCCUACCAAAUGAAGAGCUUUGGACCCUAGUCAGGAGAUUCAACAAGCAAAUGUAUCAUGUCAAAGCUACAAAUGCGCCAUUGCUUGCUGGACUGGAUGUCAACAUCGUGGAUGAGGAUGAAUUCUCCCCGGAUAAGCUGCGAAGUAACGUGGAGAGACUAUACAUGACCGUUAUUAUUGGUUUAAUGGGCUUUGGCAAACAUAUCGCAAGGCUACGGAGUUGGCGAGAGCCUAGAAGAACAGGCGCAUUUUGUGUUACGUACGCCAUUGCCUGGGUAUUGAAUAUCUUGAUGCCGCUUUGUUUCACCACUUUGGUGGUACUCAUAGUCUAUCCGCCAUCUCGAGCAUUUUUGUUUCCACCAGCCCCACUUGCUUUAGUAAGUGCUUCAACCGGUGGGGUGCAAUCGCCAAAGGCUGGUGUGCUCGGUAGUCACGAUAGUGCGACUGGAGCUCCCGAGAAGCAUCAAGGUGAAGCGGUCGAGGCUGAAGCUCACAAUUUCGUUACUGGAAUUGGCUCGAUCGCUCUGAGCAGCGCGGCAGGCAAGCACGAUCAGGGUGAUCCCGAAUCGGAUCCCGUAGAUAGCACCGUUCCUGACCCGACAAGACUUGCAGCUGCUGGCGCGGAGGCGAAGGUGAACGCCGCCGGAGGUGAACCGGAUGCGAAGCACGACAAGACCAAACAGCCUAUGGAAGAUGCAAUGUGGAAGCAAAUGCGACCUAUCAUGCACGUAAUUGGUGAUAUCGCUGAUGGCUGGGAAAGAUUUGCAAAUGCAUUGUCUCCGACCAAGCCCUUUCCGCAAGAGAAACCUCGUGUGACUCUUGCUUCUGCCGUCGCGCCUUUGGUAGCCGCCUCUCUUCUCACAUCCUCUUCCGUAUUCAUGAAAAUGGUCACUGGCGGCAUUGGCUUCGGCUUCUUCGGCGACCCCCUGAUAUGGCGUGGUCUCGAUUUCCUGAACAAAAAGAUUCCUGACUGGCCCAAAUAUCUGGAAAUCCGGAACUCGAUCCUCAAGGGCGUACCGACUAACGCCCAAUUAACGGUUACCCUCCUACGCAUUGGUGAGGCGAACAAAGCUCCGAUUCCCCCACCCCCACGCUCUGAUGAGCCACCACCAUCCAAACCCGCCUCUAUCAAUGGCGAUCAUGUCACCUCAACCCUUGAUACCGAUCAUGAAGAACUUCACGACGCCAUUCACAAAUCAGACACCGACAAGAAAGCUGACGCCGAGUAUCUAGAACAAGAGCAAAGCGAAACCAAACAUAAACACCACACCGGCGAGCGCGUCAUAGGUUUCUUUAAAGGCACGACGAAUGCGGGCGUGCAGACCAAAUUCGGCCUCAACAAGACCAAGGCACACAUUCUCGGCUCCGCUGAGGCUAGAGAGCGGUUGGGCAUUUUGCCCCAGAAUAUGGCAAACGAGGAGCCCUCCGGCCCAGUGGACUUCAAAAGUCGGUACAAGGGCUCUAAGGGUUGGACGUACAUCAGUACGAUCGCAGACGUGCCCACUGUCAGCUUCUCAUAUCAGAGCACGGAUGGCAGUGGUGUGCACCACGAGAGCAAGGCGAAGUGGAGCAUACCAAUCGAUGAGAUUUCCGAGAUCAAAAAGAUUGGUGGUUUAGGGUGGAAGGGCAAGAUUGUCGUGGGAUGGGCGACCGGCAAGCAGGUCGCGGAUGGGAUGGAGAUCUACACGAAGGGAGGAGAUACGUAUAAGGUCACAGCUAUUAGAUUGAGAGAUGAACUCUUCAACCGCUUGAUCGCUAUCGAUGGGCAGAAAUGGGAAUGCUUGUGA